AUGCAGUUCUUCACUCGCGCCGUCGCCAUUGCGGCUGCUGUGACACCCUUCUUUGCCUGCGCUGCUCCUGUCUCUGCACGCCAGGCCGCCGAUGAGAUUAUUCCUGGCAAGUACAUCGUCCAGCUCAAGCCGGACGCCGAUGUUGCUUCUAUCGCCGCUCAUCACAACGUCGUCCGUGGGAUCCACGCUCGCAAUCUUGCCAGACGUGACAAUGCCGCUGCUGAGGAAGAGGCUGGUGUCGAACGCGAAUUUGAAUUUGGUGACUUCAAGGGUUACUCUGGAGCUUUCGAUGCUGCGACUGUCGAGGAGCUCAAGACUCUGCCUGAGGUCCUAGAUGUGGUGGCAGAUUACAUCAUGACUACCAAUGCGCUGGUCACUCAGAGCAACGCUCCAUGGGGACUUGGCAGCAUCUCCUCGCGCACUCGAGGGGCUACCAGCCACAUCUACGAUAACACUGCCGGCCGUGGUACAUUCUCCUACGUCGUUGACACGGGUAUCAGAAUCACACACCAGGACUUUGGCGGCCGUGCACAAUUUGGCUUCAACUCGGUAGGCGGCGACAACAACGACAACCAGGGCCACGGAACUCACGUUGCCGGCACUGUUGGUGGAACCACCUAUGGCGUUGCUAAGCAAACUACUCUCAUCGCAGUCAAGGUCUUCGAGGGUAUUUCGGGCACUGCUUCUGCUGUCAUUGCUGGCUUCGACUGGGCUGUCAACGAUAUUGUGUCCAAGGGUCGCCAAAACUCAGCUGUUAUCAACAUGUCACUCGGUGGUCCUGGCUCAACUGUUUGGGAUCGGGCUAUCACAGCCGCAUGGAACCGUGGUGUUCUUGCUGUUGUUGCAUCUGGUAACGAGAACCAGCUCGCUUCCAACCGCUCGCCUGCUCGCUCGCCUGAGGUUAUCUGUGUUGGUAACGUUCAGAGUAAUGAUGCUCGUCGGGGUGGUACCGGUGGCUCAAACUUCGGCCCUGCUGUCGAUAUCUUCGCUGCCGGUACUGGCGUCGUCUCAGCUUACUUCAACUCCGACACUGAUGUUGCUACUUUGACUGGUACUUCCAUGGCAUCACCCCACGUUGCUGGUCUUGUGAGCUACUUGCGAGGUCUAGAGGGCCUCUCGAGUGCGGCGGCUAUUAAGGCGAGAGUUCUGGAGCUGGCCACCCCAAACAGGGUGACUGAUGCUCAGGGCUCGGCGAACCUGUUGGCUUACAACGGCAAUGGCCGAUAA